UCUUAUAUAGCCGUGGUAUGCUCUGUUUGCGUCACUGUGGGAGCUGGUGUAUCUUCUUUGUUGUUAUUCCUAACUGAUAACUCUCUACAUCUCUUGUGCUGUUUUAGCAAAUUAAUUUGUGCUGUAAUUUUUCAGCACUUUUCAUUUGCCAGGAUGGUGAGAGUUAGUGUCCUGAAUGAUGCUCUCAAGAGCAUGUACAAUGCAGAGAAGAUAGGAAAACGACAGGUCAUGAUCAGGCCAUCCGUAAAUGUGAUAACCAAGUUCCUUAUUGUCAUGCAGAAGCAUGGUUACAUUGGAGAGUUUGAGUACGUUGAUGAUCACAGAUCUGGAAAAAUUGUGGUUGAAUUGAAUGGAAGGCUGAACAAAUGUGGGGUUAUUAGUCCUUGUUUUGAUGUUGGGGUCAAAGAGAUUGAACCUUGGAUGGCCAGAUUGCUCCCCUCAAGACAGUUUGGGUACAUUGUGCUGACAACAUCUACGGGUAUUAUGGACCAUGAAGAAGCUAGGAGAAAGAAUGUUGGUGGCAAAGUACUCGGCUUCUUUUAUUGAAACUUGUUUCAGAGGAUUGUUUUCAGAAUUUGUGGUUUAGUGUUAUUUUUACCCCUUUUAUCCUUGAAUUUGUGGGUACAUUGAGCAAAAACUACAGUAUAAUGAUGCUCUCGAAGAUAUUGAACCUGAAGAAAUUCGUCCAAUGGGAAACUAUGCUAUAUCAAUAACAUGGCUAGCUGGAUUUACCCAGGUAUUGGACCAAUUUUAUUUCCAAAUAACUGUAAUCUGCAAGAAUUAUUCAUUAGACAAACACACGAUAAGAUUUCAACCAAGUGACAAAGUGAUUAAUUUUACUUUGCGGGAUA